CUCGUCGAGUCAGCGGCGCUCCCACUCAACACUCGCGCCCGCCGCCGGCUCGCACCGCACUCAUUCACUCCAGUAUUCUGCCGACAGUCGCGGCGAUAGCACGCGCGCAUUCCGCUACUCGCCUCAGAUGUUAGUGUACGAUUACGACAUCGCGUUGCAACUCGGACUUUUACCGUGACAGUGAAACGUAUUUUCAUGAAUAUGGGUUAAACGCCCCCUUUAGCGUGAUGAGUCCGGGCGAGCGCGCCGCCUUAGGGCGCCGCGAACCCGCUCGCCCCCAGUAUGCUGCCACCGCACCGGGUUUCCCGCCGCCCUACUAUCCGCCCUAUGGCGUACCACAUCCGAAUGCAUGGCUCGGCGCCCCGCUCAUAUCGAUGGCGGGGCGUGCACCACCGCAGGCCCGGAAUACACCAGUUUCCAAGUUAGCUAUGCACGCACAAGGAGCACCCCUCAUCAUACAAAACAGGCACGACCGACGAAAGUACACCACUGCACCGGAGCAGCGCAACCAUCGGCCACUUGCACAAGCGGAGCAUGUCACUAGAGACCGGUGUGAUGCACCUGAGGGAAACAGGCCGCGCAAUCAACAGCAGCAAGCGCGUUCCACGCGAGGCGGACGCAACAACAACACGGAUGCGGUCAGUGUCGCGAGCGAUGAAAGUUCCGGCUCGACCAACUCAGAGACUAUGUUGCCAAGGAUUAUCAAACCACGAAAACGACGUAAAAAGGAUAGAAAACCUAAUAAUAUCGUACCGCAUGAUUUAACCACGGCUGCUUUGGAUCUCGGUGAUGUUGAUCAUUGUGCGGUGUCGGGCUUAACUUCUUCACAUGGAAUAUAUGAGGAUACUUACUGUCGGGAAAUGUCUUUGCCUUAUCGUUUGGAUGUAAAAGUGUUAGAGUACCCAGAACCAGUACCGGAAACGUACCGAGUUUCAGCAUUAGGUGAGGCUUUAGAAGCGACCCGAUUUGGCCUGGCUGAGGCUGCUUCACCUGCGGAAUCUGCAGUGAGUUCAUGUCAGUGUCGUCUGUGUGAUCCUGUGGGGCAAAUUUGGGAUGCAGAUUCAAUCGCGGAUUUGCUGGAUGAAAAUUCUUGUGGUGAUUUCGCACCUACGAAAUUGGAAGAAUCUAUGAAAGUAGUUGGCCCUUUGGGUAAGAGAGGAGUUGAUACGACUUUACGACGUAGCUGGAGCGAUCCUUCAUCGCGGGUUCCGGAACGACGAGAGAUUAAUACAAGCGAAACAUAUUCCGCCCCUAAUCUUUAUUCAUUGUUCCCACCAACGAGAAGGGCUAGCUCGCCGGAACCUCGGUCGCCCCUCGCACUAGACAUUUCCUCCGAAAUCGUCACCUCGAUGAACGGCCACCGUGACCUGGAAAUCAAGUUGUUUUCGACCUCGCCCCCGGCUACGAACUCCGACCGUCGUUCCUUCUUCGCUGAUAAAAGUGAAAGUGCUGUGAACAGAUGUAUCGCGGGCAAAGAUCUUAAAGUGAAUAGUGCGGUGAAUAACAACAACAGAGUUGACGCUAGUGUUAAACCAGAUGGCAAAAACAGUGAGGAUGUGUCUGAGACGGGGUGUUCAUCGGCAUUCGUAGCUGGCGAGCCCUCGCGCAACAUUUGUGAUUUAGCCUUAGUAACUGCCUGAGGUACUCGUGUUCGAGUAGCGCGAUAUGUUAAGUGGAACUUUAGUGUUGUCGAGCAGUCCAGGUGGCUCUACGCUCGCCAUUUGAGCUGGACUCAAAUUGUCUCAGCGAGGCAUGCACGGAGCGUCUCACUAUCCAAGGCCCACUAAAAUUGAGAUCUCCGAAUCGGUUUCCUGUAGAUUCUAUAAUUAAUUUAUUGAUAACAAUAGCGUAGGAAACUGACGGGGGACUUUAUCUGGUUACACGUUGAAGUUUAUUAUUCGCCGUUUAUUACUCUUUUGUUAGGCGGAUAAGUCAAAUGUGUUCAUCAACGUUAAAAGUCUGAACUUAUAAUGAAUGAGUUAUUGGAAGUUUCCCAGUAGGCGUCGAUGUCAGAAUUAAUGUAUGAUCGGUGGAUUCACGUACAGUUAGUAACUGAACGUGGUUCAGAAAUGUUUCUGUCGAAGUUGUGCACGCAGUCAAGAUAGCAAUAUAUGAUAUAUUAUAAAUCAAUUGCAAUUUAGUGAAACGAGCGAGUGCAGCGAUGUUGCAGGCCCGGCGCGCCAUAACUCGCCGUGUGCAAUUAGCGUUUCACACUACUGACACGGUUCUCGCGCUGCGGCUGCGCGCUCACUAUUGCGGUUUCCCGCGGUUUUCACCGCGCGCGCCGUUCCGGGUGGCGCCUCGUGCGCGCGCACACCGUUUCAUACCACUAAUGACUUUUUUCAUUCCAACUAAGUCUUGACUCUCUCCAGCUAUUAUGCUUAACAUGAAUAUUCAGUCCACCAAACAAAAGCGGACUCGAAAACCGGCAGUCGAGCUCUUAUCUAAGAAUCUAUCGAUCUUAAUGUGCUUAUCAGUAUUUCUAAUUAAGCCUUUAUAAAACAAGCAUUCGUCACGUCCGAACGAUGAAGCGACUGUUAGGUAUUAGAGUUAUUAUAAUAUCGUAAGCGAUGAGCACGUUUGACCAUUGCAUCCAUCACGUCCGACCAUAAAAUUCACGAAAGUAUCAUUAUCAUAGUCAUUGAAGUCAUUAUCGUCAACACAGCUCAUCAUCUUUAUCAUUAUUUGCACUUUACAUCACGUUUCAUCGCCGCGAUCGCAAAUCUUUGUUAGUGUUGAAAUUACUAUUAUUUCCUGCAGUUACGUGACUUAAACUUUUCCGUACCGUGCCUGAAAAUGCGCUAUAAGUUAGUUGGACAUAUAAUUCUAAAUGGAUUGCUUUUGCGACAGUGCUUCAGUUACCACUUAAUAUUUUAUUUACGGCACGACAUUGUCAAGGUCCAAAUAAAACUACCUAUCGUAACAUUUUAUUAUCCGUCAUGAAAUAAAUUAAUAACGUGAUAGUAUUAUCAUUUAAUAUGUAAGUUGUAAAAAGUAUCGUAAAAUCCAUUGCUUACCGGCGAAUAGAAUUCUUCCUUUUCCGCAUGUUUGUCUGUCUUUUUGUUUAUGCAAGGGUACAGCGGAGUAGGUGAUGCCAGAUAAAGUUCCAUAAUAAUGUAGAUAAUGUGAAUAUAACUAAGUUAUUCAUGGACCGUACAGUUGUACGCAGUCUCUAUCGUUGGGUUUUACACUCUACGGGCUGUUUCUAUGUUUUACGUUUUUAUUUUUUAUGUAUGUUUGCUUAUAUUGCUCGGCGCGUGCGUGGGACGACAUGAUAAAUUGGUUUUUGCUUCACUUUUUUUAUCUCUACGACAGACUCGGGCGAAGACGAGGAGUUAUUACAACGCCUUAUCUUCUUUAAAUUCAGUUUUAAUGCGUACAUUCAGGGAUUGGGUUAUUUAUCUGUGCCUUAAUUAUUUGUGCGUUAAACUAUAACCGAACACCUUGAAGUUGGGCUUCCUUCAUAGUAUGUAAACUUUUUAUCGAAAAGGAAGGGGGCAAUAGCUUCUUUAUUACGUGACGAUACGUCUAGUGUUGCUUUGACUACAAACGAUAAGUAAUCGGAUUAGAUAGCUGCACUUGUUAUUACGUCUGAUAUUUAAUGUGCUGUAAUGUUCUCGUCUGUAUCGAAUAAACAAACACGCCCUAGUCUGUUGUUGUGUUGGGAUUUAUAUGGGGCGUGGCAAACGUGGUUGUAAAACUCAACGAUACUCCUCACUAUAUUAUAAACAAAAAUAGGCUAUGUCUAACAUACUGAGUGAAUGCAUUUUAUACAUAAAAUCUAGGUUUAAUAUUUGUUUGUGUAUGUUGUGAGGCAUGAGUUCACGCUCGCACACUAUUUUUGUACAAUAAAUUACCAUGUCCUGAUGUAAAA